AUGGUGUCGAGGCAUCGGUGUGCGCUGGCUUCCUUGAUCCGGCGAAGAUGUCAAGGAAGAUGUCUUUCCGGCACGGCUGUGGAGGAGGUGCACACUUCACCGGCAAGUCGCCCAAAGUUGGUGAUGGCGCCGCGGACUCGCCCAGAAAAAGGCGGAGAUGCUCGGGUGUCCCGCCGAAUGCCGUGGAUUUUCCGGAACGAGGCAGUGAAUGUCGACGAGCUGCGCGCGAGCGGGCGGGAAGCAUUGUUGGUCAAUGUUGAAAACAGCGAGGGCCGGGAGCUGGGAAUUGCUAUGUGCAAUCUGUCCAAGGGCGGCUCGACCGGCGUAAACAUUCUGGGCCGAAUGCUCACGGACAACGUCGCCGUGGAUGUGAAUGUUGAGUUUUUUAUGGCCAGAGUUCGGUCUGCCUUGGAGCACCGGCAACGCGUGCUGCCGGGCAAAUCGUCCUAUCGCCUGCUGAAUGCAGAGGGAGACCACCUCCCGGGCGUGCUCUGCGACCGCUACGGCGAUGUGUCUGCUUCCAAGUUAUGUGUGCAAUUCACAGCGCUGGCCGCCGAGCGUCUCUUCUGCGAGGACAUCUUGGACUCCUUGGAGGCCGUCAUCUCUCCAAGUGCGGUGGUCCUGCGCUACGAUGCGCGGGCAGACCGCACGCUGGAGCAAGCGGGCAUCCGAAAACCUGAGAUCGUUCGUGGUGAUCUUCCAGGACCAGUGGAGUGCAAGGAUGAAUCUGGGUUCGUUUUCGCUGCUGACCUGCUCGCCGAGGGCUGGACCUCGGGAUCCUUCUUCGAAGCGCAGACUUUGCGCGGCUUGUUGGCUUCAGCCUUGUCGGCGCUGGAGAAAGGCUCGCCCACCACAUCUGCUCACCAACGCCAGAAAGCAUCAGCUCCGCAGCCGGGGCGGAGGACUCCUCAGGUGCUCAGCCUGUUUGGCGAGAGCUCCGGCGUAUUUUGUGCUGCGCAGGGUGCUUUGUCCAGCUGCUUCGUGCCCGCCUGGGGUUUCCCCGAGGAGGCCAAGGAAGCUUUGGAGAUGUUGGCGGCGAGGAACGGCUGCUCUGAGAAGGUCACGGUUUCUUCCUUGAGCAAGGAGCCCAGCCUUUCCGAGCUUGGAGGUGAGUCGUCCCGCUGCAAGUUCGACAUCGUCUCCUUGGAGCCACCUCCACUUGCACCAACCUAUGGCAGUGUGGAAGAGGGGGCGCGGCUGUACACAGCCUGGACUGCACUCGCUGCAUCCGCAACCAAACCAGGAGGACUUCUUGUAAUUUCUUGCCGCAGCCGGACAAUGUCUGCGGUGAGGUUGAUGCGUUGCAUCAACUUAGCCGUCUGGUCUGUGGGCCUGCGCGCGAGACUGGUCCAUCGCUCCGCGCAUGCCGGUUUGGACAGCCCGAUCCACUUCGCCUUGCAGGACACGAACCAGCUCCAAACAGUCGGCCUCCGGAUCUUACAAGGCACUGGAGCAGGCACAGCCCGAGCAGAAGAGCUCUGA